AUGACUCUGCUAGGAGCAGCUCAGGAUUGGUUCCACACUCUACCGUCCGCGUCAAUAGGCAACUUCAAGGAGUUCGCCAUCAUUUUCACAAAGGAGUACACCUCCUACAAGACGAUCAGAAAGCAUGCAGACCACCUGUUCAACCUGCGCAAGAAGCCAGACGAGUCUCUACGAGACUACCUGAGACGGUUUAAGGCUGAGAAGGCCAACAUCAUAGGAUGCAACGACCAAGUUGCAUCCUCAGCUUUCAAGAAGGGCUUGCCAACCGAGCACGAGCUAUACCGGGAGCUGGCCAUAACUCCAAGUCAAACCUUGGCAGAAGUGUUCGCGACGGCAGAGCGCUACGCACUUUGGGACGAUGAUCGUAUCGCCGCAAAGAAAGCUAGCAAGCAAGUUGACCACCCGACGAAGCAGCCUCAGGGGAAGGCCAAGCCGUGGGUGAGGAGACCACCACCCAUGAAAGGAGACCCCUCUAAAAGAGACACCAGCAAAUACUGCGCAUUCCACGGGGAGCAAGGUCAUUACACCAACAACUGCAACGCUUGGAAAAGGCACCUUGAGGAGCUGGUCAGAGUGGGCCAUUGCACAGAGUUUGUUGCAAAGAAGGCUAUCCAGCAGAUCGAGGAUCGUGAUGUAGCUGCCAAGGAACCUCCCCAAAAGGUCAUUCGAAUCAACACCAUUCUAGCCGACUCCCAAGAGUCCGAGCUGACCACCAAGGAGCGCAAGAGAAAGAUCGCGCAGUUAAGGAACCAGGAUCGAGACGAGGGAAUCUGCCCGGAAGGCUCCCUUGAAAAAGAUUGGAAGCCUGAGGAAGACAUUGAGUUAGUCCCCCCCGAUCCUGACCAGCCAGACAAAGAGGCGCAGAUCGGCUCGUGCCAGAAUCCGAACAAGAAGGAUCGAGACGAGGGAAUCCGCCCGGAAGGCUCCCUUGAAGAAGGUUGGAAGCCUGAGGAAGACGUUGAGUUAGUACCCCUCGAUCCUCACCAGCCAGACAAGAAAGCGCGGAUCGGCUCGCGCCUGAGCCCAGACGAGAAGAUAGAGCUGACCAUCUUCCUCCAGAACAACAAAGACAUGUUCGCGUGGUAA